GACUGUGCAGAGAGAAUUUAAACACUACGUUCAGUUCUGUGUUUGAACUACAAUUUAAUAUUGACGGUGCAUGCGGCAUAUUGUUUAUUUUCAAAUUGCAAUACAAACAAUAAGUAGUAGAUAUUUAUUACUGUUUAAAAUUUAAGAUGGCAGGCGAAGUGGUUGUUGAUGCUUUGCCAUAUAUUGACCAAGGAUAUGAUGAUCCAGGCGUUAGAGAAGCGGCUCUAGCCAUGAUCGAAGAAGAAUGUAGAAGAUACAGGCCUACAAAAAAUUAUUUGGAAAAUGCUGGUCCUGAGCCUAGUACUGCUUUUGAGACCCCCGCCUUACAAAGAGAAAUGGAACGAGUACAACAACGAUUGCCUAUGGAACCAUUACCCAUGAAAAGAUAUGAACUUCCACAGCCUCCUGCUGGGCGAGCUGGUGAGCCAGCAGCAUGGUCUGAAGCUGUGGACAAUUCACAUGCACAGCUCUCUCACCAAGCAAUCCGAGUGCUAAACUUAGAGCUUCAGUUACAGUACAGCUCAGAAGCUUGGCGCUCAUACCUUAAUGUUCUACAAGCUUUGGUAUCAAGAUCUCAGAAUGAACAUGCACAGUUACGAAAACAAAUAGUAUCUGUUAACUGGGAGCGGAAAAGGUCACAAACUGCAAGUGGUGCACGGUUGAGAGCUUUGAGAAGACGGUGGGCCCAACUUGUGUCUGACAACUAUAGGUUGGAGCGUGCCAUUAUGCAACUUGAAAUACAACUUGAAAAGGCAAAGGGACAACCCGAUACAGAGGAUGGUGAAACCCCAGAUGUGGACAUAGAAGCUGUAAAGAAUUUACCAGAUAAACUUAAUUCAGAAACAGAAAAGGAAGUACAAAAGAAAAUUGAAGAUAUGUUUGCAGACUAAGUUAAUUUUAAGUUAAAAAUAAAAUAAAGAUUUUAUAUAUAGA